UUCCGCCGCCACUCCAAGAACCACUCAUCACAUCCUCUCCUUGAGUCCAUUGCCCAAACACUAGAAUCGAAACUUACUUGGAACAACAUGACUCCUUAUGUACUGCAAGGCCUGUACUAUUUCCUACGGCACAAAGUUCUGUGGAAGACAUCCUUGUGUCCCAUUUUGUGGGCCUUGCUGUUUGCCAUUGCCACCUUUUGCAUUCUCUUGCCAAUAGCAUUCAUCCCACAAGUAAUUGCGCUGUCCACCGUCAUGACACCAUGGUUGGGAGUCCCGUUGGCAUUGGUCCUGGCACUCAUUGAAAUGUUGAUUGUGAUUAUGCUCUUUAGUGCCAUUGUGCUGUUACCCAUUACGGACAAACUGUUCGAUCAAGUCUUGACUCUACGGGGACACGCGGAGCUCGUCGAGGCGGAUAAUGGCAUGGCGUGUUGUGGAUGUUGCAGUGUCGUGGGCAUUGUCCAUCUCUUUGUCUCCAUCAUUACGCUGCCGCUAAACUUGAUUCCCGUCGUCGGAACCGUCCUGUGGUUGUUUGUCAAUGGUCGUCUCUACACGUGGGAUACCUUUUCUCAUUAUCACUACGAGCUCAAGGGACGCAGUUUCAAAAUACAACGCAAGUUUGUAUCGGACAACGCCAUGGCCCAUCAUAUAUUUGGUAUGCAAGCCAUGGCACUGGAAAUGAUCCCAUUUGCCAAUGUGUUUUUUGUGUUUACCAAUACGGUGGGAGCUGCCUUGUGGGCGGCAGAUAUGGAAGAUCGAUUGUUGCAGAAUGUCGAGUACGACUCUGGAAAUAAUAAGGCCAACGACAACAAGAAUAGUACCACCAACACCGAGACAGAGAGUUACCCCACGGAAGAAACCAAUCUAACCAAAGCAAAGUACACGGCAUAGCCA